GAAUAGUGGCGUCUUCUAUGUUACGGGUCAUAGGUUAGAAAACCCGCGAAAGAAACGACUCAUGAUCACACCAGCGCACGUUACAAGGCGAUCUACAUCGGCUAGGGAGCCAAUACCACAGUAUGCCCAAGAGGAAGAGACUGGAGGAUAGCAAGGGUGACCAGAUAAUCACAAAGUUCUUUCAGAGGAGCACACAAACAGCAGGCAGAAAUGUAGCCAGUAACUCUGUGACAACAGAAAGUAAGAAAAGAGCAGCAUCACACAGAGUACCAAGUAGCCGACGAGCCAUGUCGUCAUCACAGGAUACCAGUAGCUCCUCUGCUAGCACCUCUAGAUCUGCCUCAGUCUCUUCCUCAAAGCACUCAUCUGCUGUGUCCAAGCCAACUCCUUCAAGAAGUAAAGCACCCCAGACAGACACUUCUCCGAUACUAGAGGCCUUCAAGAGACAAGAGUUGCGGCAGAAACAGAAAGCAGCCACAGGCAGCAACACAAAGGAGGAUGGGAAGGAAGAAUGUGACUCCAGGCCUGUCCCAAAAGAAGAUUCAUCAAAGAAAGGUUUAAGUUCUUCAGGCACAAGUGGAGAGACAGCUGAGAGAGGUUUGAAGGAGAAGGCUUUACCUAAGAGGAGACUACAAUAUGAAGGUGGGGACAAAACAGAAGAUGGAUCAAAGAAGAAGCAGAAAUCUGAUAUCUCCUUCAAGAUCAGUGAAUCCAAAUUGGAGGAGUUCAAAGUUAAUUUAGCUUCCUCUCCAAAGUUCAAGAUCAAGCCAGAAACUCUAUCAAAGAAGGCCAAGGAAGCUCCCCUGACAGAGAAUGCAAACGCUGAAAGUAAAGAGGGACCUUCCACAGAGACUCUCCAAAGUCAAUCAGGUGAAGGAAGUAGCAGCCAAUCAGACCUGCUCAAGAUUACGGUGGACCAAUCAAAAGAUGCGGCAAGUGGUCCAAACAUAAAAACUCCUCUAAAAGUGCAGAAGCUGACAGCGAGCAGCUUGAGAAUAUCAGAAGCUUUAAAGAAGGUGUUGCAGGACAAGAUCAAGGCAUCGCCUUUAAAAGCUCCAAAUGUCCCUAAGGAUGCUUCAGGAGAGAGUGCAUCUGAGAUAAACCAAGAACACCCAGAGCCAGUAGAUGACAUGGAAGGCGACAAAACAACUCACACCACUCCACUUAGAAUCAGGGCUUUCUACCCCUUUGAAAAAGGACACAUUUCUCCAUUGGAUAGAAGUCUGCCAGCUGAUGCUGGUAAAACUCAAGUCACAAAAACACCCCAGAGCAAAGCAGAAGAAAUUGCACCUGGAAGCAGGUGUGGCAAAGUGACAGACGAACCCAUUAAACAUUCAGGAGAAAGUGUGGCGGGUACAGAGAAACCCAGAGGGGUGAUGAGUCUGUUCCAGGAGCUGAAGUUAUCAGUGAAGGACCGGCAGGAUCAGGAGGAUGAAACUCCUGAAGAUCCUCAGUCCUCUUCUGCCACACCCUUGAGGGUUAAUCAACCCGCUGGAGAAAAGACUGCCUCCUCCAUCAAGAUGAACAUUGCAAAAUUAAAACAGAUCAUCAAGGCACCAAGCCUGUCUCCGCAGACCUCUGCUGCAAAUUCCCCUGCCCCCUCAGACAAGGGGGGAGAGAGUGGGGAGGGGGGCACAGAGACCAAACUGUCACCAGGGAGUGAGAGCUUGAGAAAGGGAGAGGAUGCAGAAGGGGAUAAUGACAAGCAGCAGGCUGAUCAUAUCAAACUGCAGAGAAACUUCCUCUCCACGCUGACAGGUAAAGAGAAACAGGUUGGCGACUCAGACAUCAAACAUGCUGCUGAUCGUCAGGAAGACAGUGAGCCAGAAGAUACAGUUUUAGAAGAAAGCAAGGCUUUUGACUCAGAUGAGGAAAUUGGACUUGAUAGCGAUGACAGUGAUGAUGACCUUCUUCACAUGCCUGUUGCAAAUCUGAAAGAUAUUCAGUCAGCAAGUGUGAGACCCCCGCCAUCUACUCCCCAGAAGCUGUGGGAGAGUCAGGAGAUCCAGUGCAGCCCCAUGAGCCCUGCCACCGAGGUCCCCGUACCAGGGGAUGUCAACUUCAGGUUCUCUCUGGAUGACCUUCUUGCAGAACAGAAUAAAACUGUUGGUCGUGAACCUCGCCGUCUGCGCGAUGUGACUGACGAGCUGAUGGCAGAUGUACGGCAGGGCGGAUUUGCCCGCGUAUUGGCUGACAUGGAACGAGAGGAACAUGAGGGCAGUGACUCUGACAGGGAGGGGAAGCUUGAGAACCCAAGGCACAAAAAGUUUGUGCGAGACAGGAACCUGAAGAAAAUGGAGAUUCCUGACAUGCAUCCUGGAGAGACUGUGUUCAACUCCAAGGACAUGGGCAAGUUAUUUGACUUCCCCGGCUCCCUGACCCUCGCAUCAUGUGGACUGGUGCCCCCCCUGGACCAGGAUGACCCCCUCCACCUUCUCCUGGCCAGUCCAGACUGUCUGGAGGACAUGCUGACCAGUGGGACGUUACAAGACAUGUAUGCGUAUGAUGUUUGCCCAGAACCACUGCAGAGGUGGCUCUUCUUUCUCAUGUCCAUCAGUAGGGACCAGCAUGUGGUGAACUCUGCCUACAAGACUCUCACCUGUGUCCUGAUGUCUGACUGGAUCUUGGAGGAGGAGGAGGACAGCCCAGUCUGGCUGCCAUCACUGGCUGAUGUCACCAGAGCACUGCUCAACUACGGAGCUCAGCUGCAGGAUUUAUAUCCUCUAACUUCUGCUCGGCCGUCCUUCAACAAGGAGGAUGUCAGCUUGCCUAUACAAGAUGCGGAGAAGGAGAAUCAGAAUGGGAACGUGCCAUCUCAUACGAGCGGGAGUCGAGAGGGAUUUAGAGGGCUGCCUGCUGUAAAUCUGGUCUACAUUCUACAAACUCUGAGCAAACUGAAUGCCCCUCCCAGAAAUUGCACACUCCGUGUAUAUUCUGAGCGGGACCUGGUGCACCUGGUGUGUAUGCUGUGUCGGAUACUUUUGGAUGUACAGCUGAGAGGGUUAGCAGUCCAGUUUGAGUUCCAGAGCUGCAUAUCAGAGAUUUUGGACUGGUUUGAGGAUGAGCGGUGGCCAAAGAUAGUUGCAGAUCUGUGCAGCUCCCUCCCCCACCUGUCCUCCCAUCACCACAACCUGCUGACCCUGGCGCGACACAUGCCAUGUACAGAACGGGGCAGGUACUUGCAGAGAAGACUAAGCCUUUGUAUUGUGAGGAAGCUCCUCAGGCAAGGUAGGAGUAGGGAUGGUUCCACAGAGGCUGGUGAGAGCACAGGGAGUGGAACAGCGAGCAUGGAUGAUGAUGUCCAGUUGGCAGAGUUGACCCCCCUCCUGCCAGACUGUCAGAUGAAGAACAUCCUGGACCUGGUGUCGUCAGAACGAGAGUCCCAGAGCAGCAGCCAGGAGAGUGAUGAUGGCGGCCGCAGCUUUGAGAAUGACAGGGAGGCGUACUACCUGCUCAGCACGCUGGUGCACCUGAUAGACAUGGUGGUGGGGAACGAGCCUCUUCCCACCAGUGAAAGGGAAGGACUUGUUCAGGUGAUCCAGCAUUUGAACAGCAUCUCUGGGAGCAUCAGGGACAACAUCAAGCUGUUCCAUAGGUCAAAGGUGAAGAACCUGGUGAUGCGAACAGUUGCCAAGAUGAACUUUUUGAAGGAUGGGAUGAAGAAGACUCAGCAAAGCCUGUUUAGCUACAUGAAAGAGCAGAAUAGUGAAACUCCAGAACAGCAGGGACACAGCCUGGAGGAGAGUGGGUCAUCCCCAAUAUGGAAGUCAGGACAACUGUCUGAAACCAACUGUGAGGACAGCGAGUCAGGCACUCAUCACAGUGGACGACUGUCAGCCAUGAGUGUGGAGAGCAAUCUGACAGGCACAGCUUCCACAAGACUGGCCAGCCCUGAACAUGAGGACCAACAUUCACCUACUGAGCAAAUUGAAGAUUGAAACCAUAAGGAAAACAUACAUGUACACUAGUAGUCUAGCUGUUAAGAGUGCAUACUACAAUGUACUUAACUUUUAAAGAAAAUACAUUACUUUAUAGAUCGUAUCACUACAUUGUUGUUUUACACAUGUUACACACAGAGCAAUAUAUACAUUUUGUAAACAAGGACAACUACACUUUGAUAAAACAAAUAUGGUACAACACUCAGCAGUUGAUCUCAAGCAAGAAUUGUUCAUCUAUACUUAGACUAUACUUACUGAUAUGUAUUUAUUUAGGGCUGUCUGUGGAAUCAUUAUAACAAUGUACCAGUUCUAAUGUCACAUUUGUCCAAAUCUUGUUACUGUUGUUCUAGGGUACAACUUCACAUAUAAUGAUUUCAGUGUGUAAGACUUAAGUUUGCGUUACUUGAACACUCAUCACUUGAUUUGCAACAUUAUUCAUAGCUGUAUUAAAAAGCU